AUGGCUUCUCUGAAUUUAGCUUCAAUAUUUAGCUAUAGUUGCCGGAGUUUUUGUGCACCAGUGACCUUAUUGCGCUCGUUAGCAUCCACCAGGUCUUGUUCUCUCAACAAGAAGGCUUUGGUUUGGUGUUCUUUGAGCAAGAGGACGUUUAGCUCUGAGUCCUUGAAACAAGAUGUUGCUGCCACAAAUGCAACUUCUUCUCUGGAUGGUUACCCGGAAUAUACUCGCUUGCUUCCGUGCCCCUCUCACAAUAGCCCACCAAGAAUUGAACACUUGGUUGUUUCAGAAGAAGGUCCUGUUCUAGACUAUAUCUGUAAAGCCCUGGACCUUCCUCCUCUGUUUGUUGCAGAUCUUAUCCAUUUUGGAGCUGUACAUUAUGCCCUUGUAUGCCCACAGCCACCUCCAACAGCAACUCCCGAGCAGAUUAGGGUAUUUGAAGAAGUUACAGCACCAUCAGUUCUGAAGAAGAGGGCUUCCAUCAGAGGGAAGACCGUACGAGAAGCGCAGAAAACUUUCCGGAUAACCCAUGUCGAUCAGAUUCUUGAAGCUGGAAUGUACUUGCGUGUUCAUGUUCACCCAAAACGCUUCCCUAGGUGCUAUGAUAUUGACUGGAAAUCAAGAAUUGUAGCCUUGACUGAAGCUUUUGUUGUUUUGGACAAACCUGCUGGUACAUCGGUAGGAGGAACUACAGACAACAUAGAAGAAAGUUGUGCCACCUUUGCUACUCGUGCAUUGGGAUUGACGGCCCCAUUAAGGACUACCCAUCAGAUUGAUAACUGCACAGAAGGCUGUUUUAAGUGCAUCUCAAGGCCCUUAACUCUGGAACCAUAUCUUUUUCGUUGUCGUCAGGAGAAAGUGGUGAAGAAGCUUUAUAUUGCACUUGCUGCAUCUCCUGUGCCCAUUGGUGUAAUUAACCACUAUAUGCGUCCUAUUAAUAUUGCUCCGAGACUUGUUUCUGAAGAAUUUGUAAAAGGUUGGCAUUUAUGUCAACUUGAGGUCAUGGAAUGCAAGAGAGUUCCCUGGCCAGAUGCUAUUACAGAAGAGAAAUAUUGUGUUGAAGACUGUGGGUGGCCCUCAAAAGAUUAUGCGUAUGAGUGUAAAAUCAACCUUUUGACUGGCCGUACGCAUCAGAUACGAGCUCAAUUGGCUGCCCUUGGUGCACCUCUGGUGGGUGACUCAAUGUACAUGCCAGCUGCAGUUGCAGAAUUGGUUAGUCCUGGUCUCAAUCCAUUUGGAAAAUACAAAAAGCAAUACACUAGUGAGGAUGAUAUGGCAAUAGCUGUUGAACAGUGGGUCGCACGUCAUGGAAAGGAACCAAAUGUUGCAGUUGGUCUUCAGGCAUGCCAAAUUUCAUGGGAUGAUGGCAAGCACACUUACAAUGCGGGAUCUCCCUGGUGGAGAUGCAGAAUGGCUUAA